UCAGACGGGGAUUUUGCUUCCCGAGCCAAGGCUCCUGCAGUCGGCUCUGGUUUGGAGCGGCAUCAGGACACCAGGCUGUGCGCGUUGGGCGCCCGUGCUGCUGACCGGCACCUGCUGGGAAAUGAAGUGGAUGGUGAUCGUCACCUUGGUCCUGCCGGCCUGGUCCGCCCCCUGCAGCAGCACGGCUGGGAGCGAUGGAGAGGAGGGCCUCUGCCACGUCCAGCACGGCGCACUUGGCACCGACCUGCUUCUACGCUGCGACGCUCCUGGCGGGAGGGUGGAAUGGAGAGUGAAUGGCACCAAGGUGGCUGCGUCCGAGGCCGCGGCGGGAGGAGACAAGGACCAGCUCUUGCUGCGGAACGCCAGCCUGGCCCAGGAGGGGGAAUACAGCUGCCACCACCCCGGCACUGGGAGGACCCUGCGCAGGAUUCGGCUGCGGGUGGGCUCGCCCCCCGAGAAGCCUGCCGUUGAGUGUUGGGCUGUCAGUUACCCCCAGACCGUCAACUGUACUUGGAAGUUGGCGUCUGAACCGCGCCUGGAGACGUAUUUCAUCACCACAUACAGGCAUGGCAUGGGGGCCAAGGAGAACGAGUGUGUCCAGCCAUGGGCUGGGGCCAGCAGCUGCUCCAUCAGCGACAUCCAGAUGUUCUCCAUCACCCCCUACGUGCUGAACGUGACGGCCGUGAACCCGCUGGGUGUGACGAUGAACCUCUUCCCCUUCAUCGUGGAGCAGAUCAUCCGGCCAGAUCCCCCGGAAGACCUGAGGGUCUCCCCCGUCCCUGGGGAGAGCAAGAAGCUGCUCCUGGAGUGGCAGCCACCCAGUUCCUGGCCUUUCCCGCAGUACUUCCCACUGAAGUACCUCAUCCGCUACACGAGGGAAGGAGCCAACAGCAACCGAACGAUCGGGCCGUACGAGCAGACCUCCUUCAUCCUGACUGGGAUCCGCCCCAGAGCCGUCCACCACGUGCAAGUGGCAGCCAAGGACUUCACGGACUAUGGCAACUACAGCACCUGGAGCCCGCUGGUAUCUGGCACCCCCUGGACACAGCCGUGAGCGGGGUUGUCUGGUGCGGCCAGAAUCUCUCGCACCUGCCUCCCAGCGGGGUCAAGAUUUGACUUGCUUUCGCCUUCACCUUCGCCUUCCCCUCAGGUGGCUGUAAUUCACCUGACAGAAAACACAGGAGCUGGGUUGGGAUGGGAGAGAGUCCCUGUGCUGUGAUACUCCUUUCUGCUGCUGAGCUCUCAAAACCUCUCUGUCCUUCUCCUCGCCCCCAGCCCUUCGCGGGUAACAGCCCCCACUUCUUGCCACCCUGGCUGCUGGGGCUUUGUUGUUGUUGCUGCCCUGUGUAACCCACUACGGGCUCCUGCUGUGGGCCUCAGACACUGGGGAUGAGUUUCCUUGGAGCAGAGAAGUACGUGCCCCACUGGUAGGCGUGUGGGACAAGGCCCCUCUGGGCCAGUUCACCGAGGACAUGAACCUGGUACAGUCCCAUCUCCAGAGCAGGCUCGGGAGGUCCCCGGGGUGGCUGUGUGUUUCAGUUAACCCUCCCCUACUAGCAGGGCUAACUCAGAACUUGGUUCCCAAGAGAGACGGGGCUAAAUUCCAGCCCAAAGCCCGCUCUUUGGACAAGGCAUGGUUCAGCUACUCAUUCAAAGCCAAGCUGGCAGCAGGAGGUCACUCCUUCCCCAGGCCGUUGCCUCAAGGCAGGCUGUGGCCAGUUCACUUCCAACGCCCCUUUUGUCGAUACUGGAUCCUCUUCCUGAGCGUGGGUCCCCACCCAGGCCGGCUGACCCUCUUCCCAGGGCCCAGUGUCUUCUGUUUUCCUGCCCUUUUUCUGGCCAGUUCCCUUCCUGUCAUCCUCCCCCAUGAUGGAUGCCCUCCUCUCCCUGUAUCCCUGUCCUCUGUGCCAGACCCACCAUCCUACUCCUAAAGAGGAGACAGCACGGGAGGCCCUGUGGGACCAAAUCAUAUGCCACUAGCGUCUCAUCUCCCAUCUGUCACUGCCUUGGAACAAUGCAAGUAUUUUCUGGCUUUGCAGCGAAUUUAUAAUGAGCAGCAGCUGAGCUUGUAACCGACUGAUAUGUGUGUUGAUGUCACCGGGAUAGGAAUAUUCCGUGUCCACAGGCAUAGCUUAUAUGUCUGGUUUUCCUAUCGAUAAGGCAUCUUGUAAUCAGGUUAAACAUAUCUAGGAUAACCAAAUACUCACUCACUUUUUAGCCAAAGAAGUCCGAAUGCUUCGGCGUUCUAUCCGAGAAGGUGCUCUUUCAUGCAGAAGGUAGAGAAAUCAAAAAGCGAAUGGAUAAAAGGAAUAAAUGGCAUUUAUCUUAAGCGAUGGUCUGGCUGACGUACUUUUCAGCUUUGGGGAUCUAGGUUUAUCAUAUUUCUACUCACCGUCUAUUUUAUUAGAUUUUUACCAAGAGACAGAGGCUAUUCAAACAAAGAAGAGAAAAAAAUCUUACUUUUAAAAUAGUAUCUUUCGUUGCAAAGUGUCCACUCCUUAAA